CCAAAAUUUGUUUGUUGUCAAAGAGAUUUUGUUUCCUUACAACCAAUAAUGAAUAAUCCGCAGAACGAAUCGGCAGCAUUGACAAUAAACAAGUCUUCAAACAAUACUGACAAAAAACAUGAGCAUAAAUCAAGGAAGCCACCACACAUUGAUACAAGAAAAUCACGAAAAAUUAAAAAUAAACCAAAAAUGGCGCAACAACAGGAUCCAAAUGUACGAAUUUUUGAACUUAUGCGGGAACAAGUCAAGAAGAGAUUGGAAUGUUGCGAACCUGGUCGAGAGCUCGAGGUUUUGCAAACAAGUUUGAUGCCAGACUAUCGAUCGUUAUGGCUUAAAUGUAUGGAGGUGAAAAACGAUCUUUUAUUCGCCCUACAACGUUUCUAUCCAUUUGUUAGACUAGAGGUAUUUGGUUCAACGGUUAUGGGAAUUGCUUUUAGGGAUAGCGAUUUUGACUUUUUCAUUGAGUUAUCUCGUCAACCUUUAAAUGCAAAACCAGCGGCAAUCAUUGGAAAAGCAAUGAAUAUUCUGAGAACAAGCGGACAAUUCACCAAUUUUCUGCCUAUUUCUCAUGCUCGUGUGCCCAUAUUGAAAUGUUACCACAUUAGAACGUCAAUGGCAGUGGAUAUCAAUUUUUCGGAUUCUUAUGGCAUUUUGAACAGUCCAAUCGUUGCUCGACUCCUGACGUUUGACAACCGAAUCUAUGUACUUUCUGUAAUCAUAAAAUUUUGGGGCAAAGUACAGAAUUGUGUUGGAAAAAAUCGAAUAUCAAAUUAUGCGAUUGUGUGGAUGUUGAUUUUCUAUUUGCAACAGCAGCAAGUGCUUCCCGCCAUCGCCGAAUUCCAACAUCGAGUUCACCCAUACCUGGUGAAUCACUAUAAUUUCGCAUUUGAUGACCGGUUGAAUAACCAAAAACGAUGUUCAGAGCUGCUCGGAACAUCCGAGCUGUUGCUGGGUUUUUUCAAAUUUUAUAGAAGCUUUGAUUUUGAGUCACACGUUAUUUGCCCAUUGUACGGCAGGGCUUUUCGCAAAGCUGACAUCAUGAUAUCCAACAAACUGCCCGAAUUUCGGAGAUAUCACGAUCUAUUGGCUAUGAACCAAAGCUUGUCACCGAUGCAAUUCAAUAAAUGCAUAUGCAUUCAGGAUCCCUUUGAAUCUAUUCUAGAAAUUACGCAUUCAAUUCCCGGCAUAAUUGCUAACCUAGAGUUCCAGAAGAUUGUAUGGAAAUUCGAAUAUGCGGCCGAAACAAUCGAAGCUGAACUGCAAACUGAAGGGGAGAGUACCAAAUUUACUGGAAAGUUAUUGAUGUUUCUUUUUGAUGCCGAAAAAUGCAAUCAAUGGCUGCAGCAGAAAAUGUCGAAAUGCCCAGUAAAUAAAACACGCUCACUACAAGAAACAACCGUUUUGAAACAACAAAGUUCAACAAGUGCAUGUUGCAAUGUUAUCACAAUAAAACCCACCGAAAAUCACCUAUCAAUGAUACGCGAGAUGUCAGUGAAAAAACGGGACGAUUCGAACGCGACGAAAAUCGACAACCGAACAAUUCAUCUAUCUUGGUCUGAAUUCGUAAUUGAGAGUGUCAUAUUAAUCUUGCGAGAUAUAUUUAUGCUGGAAAUGGAAAAAUUGUCAAUGAGUGAGACACCAUCAACAAGUGUGAAUAUGAAUGCAGAAUGCAGUGAUGACAAUGAAGCAUUCACGAAAGAAUUCAAUAUAACAGGUUCACGUGACGUUUUUCUAGGGCGAAAACAAACAAAAAAAAUAACGGUCAAUACGUUAAAUUUGGAAAAAUUGGAAUCACAAGAACGGUAUAAACAAUCCUUGGAAAUUCAGCUGAAAGCAGUCACUAAAAUACGAACAGAUAUCAACAACUUUGAUGAGGUUACGAUUGAAUUUCACGAUUUAAUUAAAACCAAAAAAAAUAAUUCAUUCAGAACUUUCUUCACAAAUUUCGAUCAAAACCUCAAUAACUUACUGAAAAUUUAUUUAGUGCACAAAUGUGGUACCAUAUUAUAACUGAGUGUAAACGUCAUGCAACGCAUACUGCAAAACCACACAAAAGAAGACUUUGGAUAAAAAACUUAAUCAAAAUACAGAAUGCAUUUGAAACACCUCUUUUUAGUGCAACCAAGUUUUGCCUGUACGCCAACGAAUAAACAGAUUUUUCUAUGAGAAUAAA